GUAUCACUAGUACCUAUAUAGAAUAUUGCGAAAAGGCGAUAGCCUAUACAAUAUGUGUCAGUGUGUGGAGUUCAUAUUAAGAUGAGUUUAUUGCAAACUUGUGUCUUGUUCACUAUUAACACAGUAAUGUAAUUAUUUGGUUUAGUCUCAUUGUUAAUUUCGCUUCGACCAUCUUGUGAACGGAAUGACUUUUUGUUUUAAAUACAUUCUAUACUGGUAAUGCCGUAUUCUGUUUUCACUUUCAAUACUAUCACUUAAUUUCAUCUUCACACAUUAUCAUACUAAGAAAUUGGAUUGGCCUUUCAUUGUGUACCAAUAUGAUAUGAAUAUGAUAGAUUAGUUUGCCAUUACAUUAUAUUUUUAUCGUUCAUCUUGGGAAUGAAUUAUAUUAAAUUCUACUUUUUUGUAAUUAUUGAUAUUUUGUAGCAUGAAUAUAUGUGCUAACCCUAUCUGCUUCAAUUUAAUAGUGAAUUGUAAAAAAAUAACCGUUAGACAUCAUGGCUGGUAGAUCUGGAAGCUUCUCACCCGCUACUCCAAGUGAAACAUCUUCUUCUGACAACAACAGCAUUGAAAAGAGUAGGAAACCUGACAAUACGGCUUUCAAACAGCAGCGUCUACCUGCUUGGCAACCGAUUCUGACAGCACAGUCUGUUCUUCCUGCGUUUUUCGUAAUAUCAGUAAUCUUCAUUCCACUUGGUGUGGCCUUACUUCUCGCUUCAAAUGAGGUCAUAGAGUUUUCAACAGAUUACACAAACUGUGGAAAUAACGAGUGUGCUGAAUUAAGGAACAAUGCUUCAAAAAUGACGAUACCUUGUUCGUGCAAUGUCACUCUAAAUGUCACUAAACAUAUGCAAACAGAAGUGUAUGUUUACUAUGGCCUUACCAACUUCUUUCAAAAUCAUAGACGAUAUGUCAAAUCUCGAGAUGAUGCACAGCUGAAUGGCCAAAGUGUAGAAAAUUCUCUCAGCAAUGAUUGUUCACCCUAUAGGAAUGUCAAUAACACUUCUUCAUCACCUCCAAUUGCACCUUGUGGAGCUAUUGCCAACAGUUUAUUUAAUGAUACAUUCAACUUUACCCUCGAAGGUGUGACUACUCCAGUGGGGAUAAACCUCACAGGCAUAGCCUGGCCCACAGACAAAGGUCAGAAGUUCAAUAAUCCAGGAGAUCCAAAUCUAUCAAUUUCACAACGCUUCAAUGGCUAUGCAAAACCUGACUUCUGGCAGAAAGCAGUAUAUGAGCUUGAUACUAAUAAUCCAUCCAAUAAUGGAUUUGAAAAUGAAGGCCUAAUUGUAUGGAUGCGAACUGCAGCUUUCCCUACUUUCAGAAAACCCUAUGGGCGAAUUGUUGAUGGAUUACCAAAAGGAGUCUACACUAUACAGAUCGAUUACAAUUUCCCAGUCCAGUCAUUUGACGGCACAAAACGUAUCAUCGUAAGCACAACCAGUUGGAUCGGAGGCAAGAAUAAUUUUCUGGGGAUUGCCUACAUUGUAGUAGGAUCGUUGUGCUUCGCAGUCGGCAUUGCUUUAUGCAUAGUUCAUCAAAUAACCAAGAAAACAACAACUGGACCUCGAUGAUCUGUAAACAUCUACAUGCACAAGCAAAAUUUUAUUUACUCUUGAUUUACGUUUCAUGCAACCAGCUUUACUACUAAGAUUUUGACAAUUACUUGAUGGGUAGGCUCUGCAUAAUUGAGAUAAUUAAUUUCUGAUAGUGGGAUAUCUAUUAAAAUAAUAUUAUGUCAAGAUUUAAAGUUAUAUAUAUAUUCAGUUUUGACAUUGUCUUGUUUCCAAAUUAUUUGUCACCUAUAGAUGGCAGGUAUGGUGAACCACUGGUCCGCAGUUUUAUUUUUCAAUGAACUGUUAUGUCUCUGAUUGUUGGCGUUGCAAAAAACAUUCUAACAUUCCAGUGAUAAAAUCAUCAAUGAAAAUUUGUAAUACGCUAACAUAAAUGAACAGUUAUAAAAUGCAGCUCAUGAAAAUAAUGCUGUUUCGGCUUUAGGACACAGGAAGAAGGAAGUUCACCAUCCCUGCUAUAUAGUGUAAAACUUUCUUAUACAUAUUAUCGGUUGAAAGAACUAACGUGUUUCCUGGGUCAGCAAUAAUACUUAUUAAAUGUGUUUUCAUGUUCUCUUUCCUGUUGUAAAUAACUACGGUAAAUGUAGUUGGUUUGCAACGGUCUUAACGAUACUUAUGAUUUAUAUACAUAUAUUUACUAUGCUUCAAUUUGUUUUGCUAAUUAUUCUUUAAUUAAAUGUUCACUGUCAGUUUGUUUGCUGUGCAAUCUAUGUCGCAGGGUUGCCAUUUUCAAGUAUAUAUGGAAUUUCUUUUGUCUCAAAUCCAAAAUGAUCAGAAAUAUAUUAACAUGACGUUAUGUAUGAGAAUGGUAACUCUCUCCAGAUGCUUUGUUUAAUUUGGGUACUCCCGAAGUAAGUGUACCAGAUUAGGUGAUAAUUUCAUUCAGAUUUUUCUUAUUUCUGUUCGAUUACGAGUUCAUGGACUUUCUGUGAUAGCCAAUUGAAUAUCCCCCUGCCCAUAGGUUUCAGUCCCCUAACACAACCUGAUGUCAAAUGGACGAACAAAAAUAGUUACCCCCAUAUUAGUACGCAUACUGUGUGCCCAAAUUUGUUUCCCUGUUGUUAUCACGGCUGGGGCGCUGGCUUGAAAUUGUAAUGGCUCCUUCUGCAGCUCUGAAGCCACAUUAUGUUCAAACUCCGGAAUCUCUUUUGUCCUAAAUCCAAAAUGCUCAGAAAUAUAGUAACAUGGCAAGUUUUGCCUUUGGAAAUGAUAACACUCUCCAGAUGCAUUGUUUAAUUUUUGACACAAAUUUGUUUGCUUGUUGUUAUCACGGCUGGCUUGAAAUUGUAAUACCUUGCAGCUGCACUCCCGCCCCAUGGUCAUUUGUGUUUUUGGUAUGGCCACUCCUGGAACACUAGUCCCAAAUAACACUUUCAUGUCAGCUCAAGACCAUGAUACAAGUUUCAAAAAAACUGUAAAGCUAUUUUAAGAAAUUGGAUAUUAAAAAAAUACAAGCUGGAUAAGGAUUUUAUUUGUGUGAUGUAUGAAAAAUUAGAGAGAUCCACUAAAAUUUCUAGUAGCUUCAGCUCCUGCUACAUACUUGUGCGGUUUUUGAACAAUUUUCUGCUAGAAUGUUGACAAAACUGAAGCAAAUUUGCCAUUCCAGUGAAAGCUCUGCAAACUUUUUUAUUAGUCUUAUAAUUUUUUUCGUAAUAUAUAUAAAGCGUGUGUAACAUUAUCGUAGAAAGCAUAGUGCUUUGUUUUUAAUAAAAUUUAUGUGCACCUUU